GCAAUUCAGCUGAGAUCCCCCCGAGGCACGCUUUGGGCUCAAAGAAGUCUCUCCUCUCGCAACCAUGGAAGAUUACUUCUCUGCAGUCCGCAAGAUGGAGCAAACGGUGAUGUUCCCCAGCGUUCUCCAGGGCGUCCCUUUGGAAUGGCAGGACAGCACGCCUGAGGCUGACUCGGGUGGCAAAGAUCUGUAUGAUUAUUACACGCUGCUGAAAUCCAUCAAGCUGACGGUGGAAAGCGGCUUGGUGCCUCUCGAUAACCAGAACCCUGAUGUCGCCGGCCGUCUGAAAGAACAGGAAGAAAGAGAGAGGCAGAACCUUGAAGGCUAUUUCUAUUACCACGUGUCCAGCUUGUAUCGUGUCCUCGCACAGCUGACAAGGAGGGCCAAUGCCGUCACCUCCAAAUACAAUGAAAUUAUGGGGCAGAUUAACCAGGGCGAAAUUCAUCUCAGCUGAUGAGAAAUGCAUGGUGCAAAGAGCAAAGAGUCCAAAUGCACGAAGCGGACAUGUCUUGCCGUACAUUCUUCCAGAGGACUUUCUGGUGCAACGAGCUCUGUGAUACGGAAUAUACUUGACGAUUUCGAUUCUUGAUAACUGAAUUGAUAGGUUAUAUAGAGUGGGAGGGAAGCUUACAUUAUUUCAAUGCAUAUUUAAUAUUUUAUGUAACCCGCUUAAAGGGUUUGAUGAUUGAGUGGCUUAUAAAUCUUGCAAAGUGAACUAAAUGCUAAACAUGUCUAUGUCAAAGAGGAUGUUUAUGUAUUUUGAAAUCGGCUCACGUCCAAUGAUUGCAUUGUCUCUGCUGGCUAAUACUUGCAACCUACUUCCAUAAAGGUAAACUUUAUUUUAUUGUUUUGCACGUAAGUGAAUUUUGAGCCGAUGGGCUCACUGUUAA